AUGAGCUCUUUGUGCCUGUUACCUACAAACAACAGGCUGUGUUCUCAAGAGAAGAGAUCACAGAACCUUUAUCAAGGGCGCGGCGAACCGGCGGACUGUCGGCGGGAAGGAGGAAAGGGCAAAAACACCGGAGAGAGCACCGGCGUCCCCCACCACCAGCGCGGGCGAGGGAAGACUCGGCGCGCAAACUGUCCUGCAGCGGAGUGGCCCGCGGAGGAGCUCGGCACCGCGUUUGGAGAAGGCUACGCGUGGUGA